GUAGUAUACAAGUACUCAUUUAUAUAAACGGGAUCAUCUUAUUAUUUGAUCUCUUUCUGAUCAACAACAGAAUGAAUACUUUAAUUUUAUCUUCUUUCUUCUUCGUCGCUUUUUUCUUCUUUAUUUCUGCAGAGGGUAUCAUAUCCUACUCUAAUAAACUGCUAAUAGUUUCAGAAGCUGAUGUAAUGAAGAGCUAUACUCAACUUGAUCUCCCUGGAGUUAUUGGCCCAGAAAGUCUUGCCUUUGAUUGCAAUGGCAAUGGUCCAUAUGUUGGUGUUUCUGAUGGUAGAAUACUCAAAUGGCAUCAAUCCAACCAGUCUUGGCUAGACUUUGCUGUCUCCUCACCCAACAGGGACAAGAAAGAAUGUGAUGGCUCAACAGACCCCAACAAGGAACCAGAAUGUGGGAGAGCAUUAGGCCUCAAAUUUAAUCCUGCAACCUGUGAUCUGUACAUUGCAGAUGCUUAUUAUGGGCUUCUGGUAGUAGGGCCAAUGGGUGGUGUUCCUACGCAGCUUGCUGCUUCAGCUGAAGGAGUCCCUUUUCGAUUCGCUAAUGGCUUAGAUAUUGACCCAAAAACUGGAGCAGUUUAUUUUACAGAUAGCAGCAUUUUCUUCCAAAGAAGGGAAUAUUUACGGGCAAUACUCAGCUCAGACAGAAGUGGAAGGUUAUUAAAGUAUGAUCCAAAUAGCAAGAAAGUGACUGUGCUUUUCAAAGGCUUAGCAUUUCCAAAUGGGGUGGCUCUAAGUAACGACAAUCGUUAUAUAUAUUCCACUCAAGGACGUAGUAGCAGUAAAGGAAAGAUUCAAAAAUAUAAAGAGGAAAUGAUUAAUGAAGGAUGGGUUUUUAAUGAUACUGUAGGUAUCAAAUUUAGCGAAGAUGGGAAAGUGGUGAAAAUGUUGGAUGGAAAUGGUGGAGAGAUUCUUGAUUCUGUUAGUGAAGUUGCAGAAUAUGAUGGAGGGUUGUGGUUUGGAUCUUCUGUGCAACCUUAUGUUGGUUAUACCAAAAUUUAGCAAAUUUCAAAAGUCAAUACAGUUUGUUUAUACAUCAUUAUCAAGUGGCUGACAUUAAAUGAAACGAUUGGGGUGUUUUUUUUUUUUUUUGGAAAAUAAAACGAUUGGGGUGUAGUUAUACUAGCCAUUUGCAUUAUGAUUGUAAGAUAAUAUCAUAAUUUAUCACACUCCAAUCAUAAUGCAAAUGCAUAUAAUUUUUCUCUUUGACACGAGAAAGAUAAUUACCGCUCUGUUCUCAAAUACAUGUUAAAUUUGAGUA